ACGCAUUCAGUAACAAUUUAAUCGACACUGGGAAACGACGACGUACAAAAACAAAGCAACAGCACUUGCGGUUUCUGCGAUCAGCAUGUUUGGCAUUAGCAUGACACAAAUAAUAAUUUCCUCUUCCUGUCAAUUUCAAUGGCCAACCCCUUCUUCCUCGUUUCUGCCCCGAAUCAAAGACCAGCUGCUGCGCUAAAUAAUUCGGCCCUCGCACGCUGUGCGCAAAUAAAAAUAGCAGGCCAUCGCCGCGCGCGCACACAUACACACGGUCGUGAAUGAGCGAAACGACUUGAUUGAUCAGAGCCUUGACUAAUUUCCAUACUGAACAUAAAGACAGUGCUCUCGUCCUUUUCGCAGCUCGCCGCUUAAUGACCAAUCAAUUGGUUCGGGCCGCCUCCGAGACAGCGACACACGCGGGCCGCCUCCCUCGUUCAAUUUGGCAAAGGUCGCCCCUGGUCGCGCGGUGAUUUGAAUGGUGGCGGCCGUGACCUUCGCGAAAGUGUGUCGAGGCGGUCGGCAAUCGCAAAUGCACUCGUCUCGGCCCCCACGCGCCUACCCCGCCGCCCCCGGACCCUGUGCGUCGACCUGGCGACUCGUCCAACCGGAAAUGUCGGCAGACGAAAAACUUUGGCCGAAAAUGCCGAAUCGGCGCAACUCUUUGACCUUAAUGCAAGGUUGCUGCUGUGGCUGCUGCGUUUUCUGCUUGUUAGGGCCGAAUUUGAUUAAUCGACUUGUUAUUCAAAAGAGAGAUGCCGCGUAUGGAUUUGUCGGCCACUCGAUAUGAAGCAGCCGUCGGCACAACGCUCUUGGUUCGCGCCAUUCAAGCCGUCCGGGUGGCGCAAGCUGCGCAGCAUCGUCCAGUGGACGCCCUUCUUCCAGACCUACAAGAAGAAACGCUACCUCUGGAUUCAGCUGGCCGGACACCAGGGCAACUUCAAGGCCGGCCCCGAGCAGGGCACCAUCCUGAAGAAGCUGUGUCCGAAGGAGGAGCUGUGCUUCCAGGCGCUGAUGCGGGACGUGCUGCGCCCCUAUGUGCCCGAGUACAAGGGCCACUUCACCGCCGACGACGGCGAACAGUACCUGCAGCUGCAAGACUUACUCGGCGACUUUACGUCACCGUGCGUGAUGGACUGCAAGAUCGGGGUGCGCACCUACCUGGAGGACGAGUUGGCCAAGGCCAAGGAGAAGCCCAAGUUGCGGCGCGACAUGUACGACAAGAUGAUCCAGAUCGACUCGCAGGCGCCCACCGACGAGGAGCACAGACUGAAGGGCGUCACCAAGCCGCGGUACAUGGUGUGGCGCGAGACCAUCUCGUCGACGGCCACCCUCGGCUUCCGGAUCGAGGGCAUCCGACAGGCCGACGGCCGCUCCAGCAAAGACUUUAAGACCACCAAGGCCAGGGAGCAGGUGGCCGACGCCUUCAGGGAAUUUACCGCCGGCUACCCGCACGCCAUCCCCAAGUACAUCCAGCGGUUGAAGGCGAUUCGGGCGACGCUGGAAGUGUCCGAGUUCUUCGCCGGCCACGAAGUAAUUGGGAGCUCGUUGCUGUUUGUGCACGACGCGACCAACGCCAACGUGUGGCUCAUCGACUUUGCCAAGACGACGCGGCUCCCGUCAGGCCUGGCGAUCGACCACGCGUCCCGCUGGGUCGUGGGCAACCACGAGGAUGGCUACCUAGUUGGCGUCAACAACCUGCUAUCCAUAUUCAAGCAGGUGCAGCAACAACACCAGCAGCAACAGCAGCAACAGUCGUCGUGAAUCCAUCGAGAAACAGAGAGCGAACUCAAUGAUUUUUUUAUGACCGAGGUGUCCGUCCGGUCCGCGGAAGAAAAAUAUAUAUGAUACUUUGUAAGAGAGCGAGAGGAAUUAAUUUUGUAUCCGGGAAAAAGUUGAAAUUUGAUGUCUCAGGUGCGCGCAAAUCCGUCCUCUUGACUCCCGUUGAUGGGUGGCUGUUUUUUUUUUCAAAUGAAA